CCCAAUGGAAUGAAUGGGGCGUGGUCAGACAGCACUACGGUAAGCGCGAGUGACGGUUCGCGUACACACACAUACACAGAACGGUUCUUAAGCACAUCAUUCAUUUCGCCGGAACAUCUUCACCAUGACUGAGGCAGCAUUUCAGAAAGCGGCAGAGGAGGUCAAACAUCUGAAAACGAAGCCUGCAGACUCUGAGAUGCUGGAGAUUUACAGUCUGUACAAACAGGCCACCGUAGGAGAUGUAAACACAGCUCGACCCGGCAUGUUAGACUUUGCUGGCAAGGCCAAAUGGGAUGCGUGGGAGGCAAAGAAAGGUAUCAGUAAAGAGGCUGCCAGGGAUGCGUACAUCGCUAAGGUUGAGGAGUUGAAAGGCAAAUACAAUAUCUAAUGGUUGGAACCCACUGCUGGCCAGCCUGCCUAUACCUUUACUGUACUCCAAUAUAAACCCCUUAAUGUCUUCAUCAAGUCCCCCUCAAAAGGGUGUUAGAGUUCCACUGCAGCAUACAGAGUCUGUUCUGUGUCAGAGAAGAAGCACAUUCCUCGACUGAAUGAAACCGUCCACCAGCAACCAUGUAGUGAAAAGAUCCAAUGAAAUGUUUUUUAAAAACUGUUUAUAUUGUGUCUACUUUACAGUGUUGAUAAAGAAACACAUUGGCUUUACCCACAAAACCC